CCUCCAAGGCUUCCUUGGGGACGGGGAGGGGGCCGUUGAUCACCGAGUUCGCGCCUGUGUCGUCCUCCACGGGGGCUUCGGCUUCCUCCGCGCCGACCGCUUCCUCCGCGCUCGCGGUUUCGCUUGUGUCAUCGUCGACCUCGAUGGGGACUUCGGCGAGCUCCGCGCUGACCACUUCCUCCGAGCCACCCGCGUUCGCGCCUUCACUUGUGUCGUCCUCGACCUCGACGGGGACUUCGGCGAACUCCGCCUCCGCGUUCGCGACUUCUUGUGUCGUCCUCGACCUUGACGGCGAGCUCGGCGUCCACUAUUUCCUCUGUGCCCUUCGCUUCGGUGCUACCUCCAUCAUCAUCCUACUCCGUGUCCGCGACUCGUCACGCGCAGACAUCCUCGGGAUUGGCGUCCUCCUCUUUUGCCUCGCCAGCACCCACCCCGGUCGCCUCUUCUUCAGCUUCUGGCCAGCCGGUGUGGAAUUCGAUGUUUUGGCCGGGGGAAUAUUGGGAGAGGCCGGAAGAAAUGAUAUACCCCCACCCCCAGCAGCAAAACGAAGAGCAUGUCGAGGAAGAAGCCGCUGACACAGAGCAGGAGGAGAUAGUACAGCGUGUAAUGGAAUGGGUUCUUGAAGAGCCCUAACUAUCGGCGCUUAUUAGCAUCACAUGCAUGCACCUAGUCAGAGACAAAGCCUUCAGUUCUUGGGAAAAGAUGAAUAGUUGAGCAGCUACUAGGCGGGACUAGAUCUUACUCGGAUGCUGCUGGAUGUUGUAAGAAAUGAAAACACACGUGCAACAAUCUUCUGUCGACCCGUUGUAUGUUACCCUCGAUCGUAUUCAGUUCAGUUCAGGCCAUGUGCCUGUUAUAUGAAAUGCAACAAACUACCUCUGUGUACGUGUGUUUCACUUGAGGUCUUGGCAACCGGGCAUGCAAUGCAGUACAGCUAGAGGCUACACAUAGUAGUAUCGUUCCAAGUCAGGACAUGCAUUUUGCUGCCAAUGAUGUUGGUACAAUUUGCUGUUAUUUGAGGUAAAGUCAAUGUAUAGCCUUAGCUAGCCUUCCCGCAACAACAACAAAAAGUACCCCUUCAUCCCACAAUAUAAAAUGUUUUUGCAAGCUACGUCUUAUACUAGAAGGGAUGGGCGCGCGUUGUUGGGUUUAUUAAAAAAAUAUUCACUCUGUUUCAAAAUAUAAGGUAUAUUACUUUUUAAAAAAUCAAACAUUUUAAGUUUGAUCAAAUUUGUAGAGAAAUAUAUCAAAAUCUAUAACAUCGAAUCAGUAUGAUUAGAUUCAUCAUGGAAUGAAUUUUCAUACUUUUUUUGUUUAAUGUUGUGGAUGUCGAUAUUUUUUGCUCUGAACUUGGUCAAGUUAAAGAAAUUUGACUUUCCAAAAAACUAGUAUCCCUUAUAUUCUGAAACUGAUGGAAUAUUUAGUUUGGCGAGUGCGGAAGAUGAUGGGGCGUGUUUUAUUUUUAUUUAUAAUGUGAUGAUUUCAUGGAAUAUUUAUAUUUAUGUGGAAAA